AUGGGAGAGCCGAAGGGCUAUAUGGUAGGGCUUAAGAUUAACGCCAAUACAUAUGCUGUGGUUGCGGCGCUGUUUGCUACAGUCACCUACGAUGCCCAUGUCAACCCCCCAAAGAGUGAGGAUUACGUGGCAUUGUACUUCUUCUUCUACUGCAAUCUAUUGACCUUCUGGUUCUCGCUGGGCCUGCUCGCAGCUGUACCUUUUGCUGACAGCUGA